AUGUACAUGGAAUUGUUGAAAAGUUGUUUACCAGUGAUCGAAAAAAAUUGUAGGUCGUCAUUACCUAUACUGUAUUUGACGUUAGGUUCAAAACAAGUUGAGUCAGGAAAGCAUAAAGCAUGUCUAGCGUUCUUUCAAGAAGCUCUUGACAUUGAGUUAGAGAUCACACUGAGAAGCAAUCUUACCAUUCGAGAGGUGACGGCUUUAUGCUACAUUUCAAUGGUUGUAACUUUAGUUAAUAUUGAAAAGUUCAAAUUGGCGAGAAAGGCAAUUGAGAGAGCUAUCCAACUAGCAGAAUCACUUCCUGAAUGUCGACAAUAUCUUUGGAUUUUUCGAUGUUAUACGUGGAAAGGCCUCAUUCAAAACAAAAUGCGGGAAUAUAUUACAGCAAUUGAUUCCCUUAAACACGCUCUUGUACAGCUUCCAAAAAUUUCUCAUGAAUCCUAUGAUAAAUUUGAAGAAUUUAAGUGUCAUAGGGCGAUGGCAACAGCUCAUUUCUAUGUUGGAUCUUAUAAAGAUGCGCUUACGUCGUUAUAUGACGCAUUGUCUGUCAUUAAAUAUCUUUUUCCGGAGGGAAGUGAGGGUGAAGCUCAAGUAUUUGUCCAUGUGGCCAAAGUUGCACAAAAAAUAAAAAACAAAACUUUAGAAGUGAGUAAUUUGCGCUUGGCGUACAAGAUGUUUUCAAAAGUUCUAGGAGAAAACCACUCACAGACACAAGUAAUCUAUAUUGCAUAUGCCAGAGCUCUUAUAG